GACAGAAUUAAUGAAAAGCACCAAUAUAUUUCCAUAACCUCUAAAUCACUUAACAUCUUCUUAACGGUACAUAAUCCAAUAGGCAACGGACCAAGGUUAUGUCAACUCCCAGAAUAGUAUAAUAACUAUAAUUGGACUAUUAACGUAGAACCGAAUUUUUUUAUUGCUCAUAGGCAAGUUGCGUAAAAUUCUUAUUAUAAUCCUCAAAAGAAAAGAACUCUCGCCAAGCUGAAGGCUUAUGACAUUUUCAACUAUUUCUCUCUUCUUGGCUGACUGAACUUAACCUAAAAAAUGUUCGAUGAAAAAGAAAGCAUCUCAGGGAUAUUACAACUGAAAUCGUCUGUUCAAAAAGCAAUCAGAGGCAAAAUUUUAGAAUCAUAUCCAUAUUUGGAAAAUUAUAUUGAUGUGAUCAUACCAAAAAAAGAUUCCCUAAGAAUAGUGAAAUGUCACGAUCAUUUAGAAAUUAUAGUAAAUUCUGCGGGAGAGCAGCAAUUUUUUCGACAUCGUGAAGGACAGUGGAUGCCUACUCUCAGGUUAUUUCACAAAUAUCCAUUUUUCCUGCCUAUGCAACAGGUUGAUAAAGGAGCCAUCAGAUUUGUGCUUAGUGGAGCAAAUAUAAUGUGCCCAGGUUUAACUUCGCCUGGGGCAAAAAUGACUGAUGUUCCAAAAGAUACAGUUGUGGCAAUAUUGGCAGAAGGAAAAGAUCACGCUCUGGCAAUAGGGAAAACAACCUUAUCUACAGAAGACAUAGCCAAAGUAAAUAAAGGAGUCGGAGUUGAGAAUUGCCAUUAUCUUAAUGAUGGACUGUGGCAAAUGAAACCUGUUAAGUGAUACAUAUUUCUUGUAAAGUUUUUUUGUAAAACACUUGUUAAAAAUUGAUUUCUUUGUUAUUUAUAGAUGACCAUUUUUUAGUAUACCAUUUUCCUUCCAAUUGCUAUAAGAGUAGCCCAUUUAAGUUCAUCUGCAGCUUUCACUAUUAAAAA